UCCAAAAUGGCGACACCACAAGAGCUCGCCGAUCGCACAAAAAGCGACGCCAAGGUCUACGUCGACACAGUCGCCGGUAAGGACGACGAGUCCGCCGACGGCUCCGAGGCCAAGCCCUACCAGUCGCUGUACCACGCCCUCAUCCAGAACCUCGAUAAGCCCGCGCCCACAUACCUCACCAAGGUCGCCCCCAAGGAGGGCUCUACCGAUGGCCCAACAUGGGAGGAGGCUGCCAAGAGCGCCAUGAAGAAGGCCGUCGGCCGCGUCGACCAGUACAAGAAGAAGCUGCAGAAGGAGAAGGAGGCUCUCAAGAAGGAGGAGGAGGAGCGCCAGCAGCGCCUCAAGAACCUCGAGGAUGCCAAGAAGAUCGUUCUCAAGGAGGAUCCUUCUCUGCCCGAGGCUGUCCGCAUCCGUCUCAACAACAAGUCCAUCGAGCUCGGUGACGAGUCCAAGAAGGGCACCCGCGUCAAGGUCUUCGGCCGCAUCCACCGUCUCCGUGUCCAGAAGCACGCCACCUUCCUUACCCUCAAGGACGGCUACGGCUUCCUCCAGUGCGUUUUGCCCGCUGGCGACCUCACCAAGAACUACGACGCUCUCUUGUUCGCCCAGGAGACCGCCCUUGUCCUCUACGGUGAGCUCAAGAAGCUCCCUGCCGGUGCCACUGCCCCCGAUGGCCGCGAGCUCCAGGUCGACUACUACAAGGUCCUCGGCCACGCCCCCAGCGACCUCGACGCCAUCACCAACAAGGUCUCCCGCGACCAGGAUGCUUGGGAUGCUGCCAUGCUUGACAACAGGCACUUGGUCCUCCGUGGUGAGAACGCCUCUGCUCUCAUGAAGCUCCGCGAAUUCGUCGAGCUGGCCUUCGUCGAUACCUACCGUGAGCUCGAGUUCCGCAAGGUCUCUCCCCCGGCCAUGGUCCAGACCCAGGUCGAGGGUGGCUCUACCCUCUUCAAGUACGACUACUACGGCGAGGAGGCCUACCUCACCCAGUCCUCCCAGCUGUACCUCGAGACCGUCCUUGCCUCCAUGGGCCAGGUCUACUGCAUUGAAAAGUCUUUCCGUGCCGAAAAGUCUCUUACCCGUCGCCACUUGUCCGAGUACACCCACGUCGAGGCCGAGCUGGACUUUAUCGAGUUCAACGACCUUCUUGACCAUCUCGAGGAGAUCAUCUCCAAGGUUGUCGACCGUGUUCUCAACAACGAGACCGCCGCUGGCUACCUCAAGGUCCUCAACCCUGACUUCAAGAAGCCCGAGAAGUUCCUCCGCAUGAAGUACGAGGAUGCCAUUGAGUGGCUCAACAAGCAGGAUCCCCCUAUCCUCAACGAGGAGGGCAACCCCCACGUCUUCGGUGACGAUAUCGCCGAGGCUGCUGAGCGCAGGAUGACUGACAUCAUCAACCGCCCUAUCCUCCUUACUCACUUCCCCGUCGAGAUCAAGGCCUUCUACAUGAAGAAGGACCCCAACGAUCUCCGCGUUACCGAGUCCGUCGAUGUUCUCAUGCCCGGCGUCGGCGAAAUUGUCGGUGGCUCCAUGCGUAUGGAUGACUACGAUGAGCUGAUCGAGGCCUACAAGAAGAACGGCAUCGGCCACGAGCCUUACUUCUGGUACACCGACCAGCGCAAGUACGGCACCUCCCCCCACGGCGGUUACGGUCUCGGUCUCGAGCGCUUCCUCGCCUGGAUGGCCAACCAGCACUCGGUCCGCACGACUUGCUUGUACCCUCGCUUCAUGGGCCGUUGCAAGCCUUAGAUGUUGUUAGCAACAACUUGGAGUGGGGUUACGGUUGGGGGGGAGGUUGAGGUUGAGAAGAAGGAGGAAGUGGUCGUGAUUGUGGUCAUGGAGAAGAAGAAUAAGAGUUAUGGCUGUUCUUCAAAGCAGCACCAGCGGCAGAAGAAAAGGCGCAGGGCGUCUACUACUGCUGCUGCUGCUACUGUCAUUGGCAACAACAUGAACAAGCAAACCGAGAGAAGAAGAAAGAGAGAGACGAAGAGAAGUAGAGAUGUCAUGAGAAAAAUUCAAAGGAUUCUAGAAAUGCGUGGAGUCUGGUGCAUGAGGUUUGUAGCGAAUAUAUGGACCUUGAAGUUUCUGUCAAUUAUCUUAAACUUUUCUAUUCUGGGCGCGACUUAUAGAUAUGUUGCAA